GCAUUGUCAGGCGGCGGCACCGCGCGGCCGGGCGAGCUUUUGAGUCGGUGGUUCGUGUGGCUGCGGAGGCGGAAUAGGAGAGCGCGAGGUCGUAGCGGUUCCGUCGGUAAACAGGGGAGAGGCCCGGCAGCGCGAGCGUGAGCGCGGCCGAGCCCGCGGUGUCUUCUCGGCGGGUGGGGACGAGCGGGCCCCGCGGCGUCAUCGGCGGCGAGGAGCCGCGCGCCUCGGCCCAGUAUGUCGGAAGCGGGUGAAGAGCAGCCCAUGGAGACGACGGGAGCCACCGAGAACGGACAUGAGGCUGCCCCCGAAGGCGAGUCGCCGGCCGGGACUGGUACCGGCGUUGCGGCGGGGGCUGGAGGCGGGAGCGCGGCGCCCCAGGCCGGCAACCAGAACGGCGCCGAGGGCGACCAGAUCAACGCCAGCAAGAAUGAGGAGGACGCGGGAAAAAUGUUCGUUGGUGGCCUGAGCUGGGAUACCAGCAAAAAGGAUCUAAAAGAUUAUUUUACCAAAUUUGGAGAGGUCGUUGACUGUACAAUAAAAAUGGAUCCCAACACUGGCCGGUCAAGAGGGUUUGGAUUUAUCCUCUUCAAAGAUGCAGCCAGUGUGGAGAAGGUUCUAGACCAGAAGGAGCACAGGCUGGAUGGCCGUGUCAUUGACCCCAAAAAAGCCAUGGCCAUGAAGAAAGACCCAGUAAAGAAAAUUUUUGUAGGGGGUCUAAAUCCUGAAGCCACUGAGGAGAAGAUAAGGGAGUACUUUGGCGAGUUUGGGGAGAUUGAAGCCAUUGAGCUUCCAAUGGAUCCAAAGUCGAACAAAAGACGAGGCUUUGUUUUCAUCACCUUUAAAGAAGAAGAACCUGUGAAGAAAGUGCUGGAGAAAAAGUUCCACACUAUCAGUGGAAGUAAGUGUGAAAUCAAGGUGGCUCAGCCCAAAGAGGUUUAUCAACAGCAGCAGUAUGGCUCUGGGGGCCGUGGGAAUCGCAAUCGAGGGAACCGAGGCAGUGGUGGCGGUGGCGGAAGUGGAGGUCAGAGUCAGAGUUGGAAUCAGGGCUACGGCAGCUACUGGAACCAGGGCUACGGCUACCAGCAGGGCUACGGGCCCGGCUAUGGCGGCUACGACUACUCGCCCUAUGGCUAUUACGGCUACGGCCCCGGCUACGACUACAGUCAGGGUAGUACAAAUUACGGGAAGAGCCAGCGACGCGGUGGCCAUCAGAAUAACUACAAGCCAUACUGAGGCUUCAGCAGGAGUGCCUGACUGACCACACACGCUUUGUUUGGAUAUCGAGUGAACACAAUUAUGUACCAAAUUUAACUUGGCAAACUUUCUAUGGCCUGUCCCAUGUGCAUCUUAUUUAAAAUUUCCCCCCUGGAAAUCACUCUCUUGUUUAAUAUUUCCAGAGCUCUAGUUGUUUAGGCAGCGUGUGGUUUCUCAAGAGGCCAGAGCAGCAUUAUGGGCUGAUUUUUAUUACCGGGUUACCCAGAACCAGAUUGGAGGGUCUGCUUCCUGCUGCCGCUCUGCAGCCUGGACCUGUGGACCCUGGUUGUAAAGAGUAAAUUGUACUUUAGAAAACCAGUGUCACCUUUUUUUCACCUUUUAGUUUUAUAUUAUUUGUGUCAUACAUUUCCUAUAAUGGAAGUGUUAAUUUUACUGUACUUUUUGGUACCUUUCGGGAAUCUAAUGUAUUGUAAGGUAUUUUACACGUGUCCUGAUUUUGCCACGACCUGGAUAUUGAAGCUAUCCAAGCUUUUGAAAUAAAAAUUUAAAAACCCCCAA